AUGCUGAUUCCGGUCCCUGACCGACUGACAGUGCUCCUGGUUUUCCUCUUGUCUAUCUGUGUGGUCAAGUCUGAAGGAGUAAUUCGCUUUGCCAGUGCAUCGUUAACGAAUAUCGACUGCAAUUCGGAAGCCGUGACAACAUGUAUCAAGAAGCUGGAGGGGCUCGUGACCGAACAGGAAUUUCCGCAAGACGAUACGCUGUGCGAUGAGCUGAACAUGGCCGUCGAGUGUGUGAACAAGUUCGCCGUGAAAUGCUUCAGUGACCGACAAAAGCAGAGUUAUUCGAGGUUCACGAACGGAGCUAUGCAAAUGAUUUCCGACUUUUGCGACAAGAAGUCUUCGUUUAGGAAAGCGUAUCUACGGCAUUCCUCGUGUUUCUCCACUAUGCAAGACGAUUACAAAAGAUGUGCUGACAGGCAUUUGUCAAUGUUGACUCUGAAGGACCCAGGAGCGGCCAACAAUUCCGUGGUACUGCCAGAUGAUAACUUCAAUCAACGGUCGAAAAAGAUUUGUUGCAUGUUCAGAGACCACAUCAGGUGCACGCGCUCGAUGAUUGAGGUCCGAUGCGGGACCGAAGCUGCCGAUCUCGCGGACGAUAUAAUUACGAAAGCGACAGCGAGACUCGUACAUCCGUACUGUGCUGAGCUUCCAAUCGGAGAUGAGGGGUGUUCUUCAGCCGCGAAGCCUUCUUGGAGCCUCGGUCUCCAGUUUGCGCUCCUGACCACUCUGCUAUUUCUCUCAAGAUCGUGACAAAGCUGACCUCUCUCUGCGAACUUCUGAGUGAAGCAACCAACCAAGAUUUUCCGCCGAGGCUCAAUCAUCGAUUCUCACUCAUCAAUUGGGGAGGUAGACGAAGAUGCUUUGAUAGAAAUAGUCAGUCAAAAAUGUACCUACCGGAAAGGAGAUAUAGGAGGACAGAGACGGAUCGCAAGAAGCGUGCGAUGUUUGAAGCUAUGACCAAUGAACUGUGAUGUAAUAUAUUUAUGAGAUAUCUUACAACUUGGUGCACUGAAUUUCUUCUUCGAACUC